AUGCUCCGAACCAGACAAGCAACCAAGGCCGUAAGGGCCUUGGCCCAGACGUCGCGACAGCAGCAACGCUCCUUUACUGCUUCGCCCGCACCCACUGCCAUACAGACCACCAAGAAAGGCCCGGCAACCGUGAGGAAUCAGACCACUGCCGCCCAGUCGACACCUCAGAUCAGAGCUGCGCCUGCUCCCAACUUCAACACUGCCGCCACCAAAGAACGAGGCCAUGUGCAACCAUUGGUCAACCCUCGGUCGCCAGAAAUGGACGAGUCGUUCAUUGGCAAGACGGGAGGAGAAAUCUUCCACGAAAUGAUGCUGCGGAGAGGUGUCAAGCACAUUUUCGGCUACCCUGGUGGAGCCAUUCUUCCAGUAUACGACGCUAUUUACAACUCAAAACAUUUCGAUUUCAUCCUCCCAAAGCACGAGCAGGGCGCUGGACACAUGGCUGAGGGUUACGCGAGAGCCUCUGGCAAGCCUGGCGUCGUAUUAGUCACAUCCGGCCCUGGUGCUACGAACGUCAUUACUCCGAUGCAGGACGCCCUGUCUGAUGGAACCCCUAUGGUUGUCUUCUGUGGUCAGGUGCCGACGACCGCCAUUGGCAGCGAUGCUUUCCAGGAGGCUGAUGUUAUUGGUAUCUCAAGAGCAUGCACUAAGUGGAACGUCAUGGUCAAGAACGUCGCCGAGUUGCCUCGCAGGAUUAACGAAGCCUUCGAGAUCGCAACCAGUGGACGACCAGGACCUGUACUUGUUGAUCUCCCCAAGGAUGUCACCGCUGCCGUCCUAAGGAAGGCCAUUCCCACAACAUCGACAUUGCCAGGCAUGCCUAGCGCUGCUUCGCGUGCGGCGGCAGAGGCCACUCAGAAACAGUCGCAAGCUUCCAUCGUCCGCGUUGCCGAGCUCAUCAAUAAGGCUGAGAAGCCUGUCAUCUACGCUGGACAAGGUAUUAUAUCAUCAGAGGGAGGAUCGAAGCUCCUCAGAGAGCUUGCGGACAAGGCUUCGAUACCUGUCACAACUACUCUUCAUGGCCUCGGCGCUUUCGACGAGCUUGAUGAAAAAUCUCUCUACAUGCUUGGAAUGCACGGCUCUGCCUUUGCUAAUAUGGCCAUGCAAGAAGCUGAUCUCAUCAUCGCCCUGGGUGCCCGUUUCGAUGACCGAGUGACUCUAAACAUCAACAAGUUUGCCCCCGCCGCCAAGGCCGCUGCUUUGGAAGGUCGCGGUGGCAUUGUUCAUUUCGAGGUCAUGCCGAAGAACAUCAACAAGGUGGUGCAAGCGACCGAGGCUGUUGAGGGUGAUGUGGCUCGAAAUCUGCAGCAGCUUAUGCCUUCCGUUAAUAGGACCAGCAUGGCGGAUCGAAAGGAGUGGUUUGACAAGAUCAAGUCGUGGAAGGAGAAGUGGCCCAUGAACUUCUUUGAGCGCACCGAGAGACCGGGCAUGAUCAAGCCCCAGGUUCUAAUAGAGGAGCUUAGCAACCUUACCGCCGACCGAAAGGAGGACACCAUUAUCGCAACCGGCGUGGGCCAACAUCAAAUGUGGACUGCGCAGCACUUCAGAUGGCGGCAUCCUCGCACCAUGAUCACGUCUGGGGGUCUUGGCACAAUGGGCUUCGGUCUUCCCGCCGCUAUCGGUGCCAAGGUUGCUCGACCAGAUGCCCUCGUCGUCGACAUCGAUGGUGACGCUUCCUUCAACAUGACCCUUACCGAGCUCUCCACUGCGGCCCAGUUCAACAUUGGCGUCAAGGUUAUCGUCCUGAACAACGAGGAACAAGGAAUGGUUACGCAAUGGCAGAACCUCUUCUACGAGGACCGCUAUGCGCAUACUCACCAGAAGAACCCCGACUUCAUGAAAUUGGCUGAUGCCAUGGGCGUUCAGCACCGCAGACUGAUCAAGCCUGAGGAUACCACCGAGUACCUUGAGUGGCUGAUCAACAGUGAUGGCCCUGCUCUCCUUGAAGUCAUGACCGACAAGAAGGUUCCUGUACUGCCUAUGGUGCCUGGCGGCUCAGGUUUACAUGAGUUCUUGGUCUGGGAUCCAGAGGUGGACAAGAAGCGCAGAGAGUUGAUGCGCUCAAGGACGAGUGGUUUACACAGCUGA